GUAUCUAAUAAAAUAAUGAUGUAGGAAAAAUAUUCUCCCCUUUUACCAUGCAACUAUCAUCGAACCAAAUUUCUAUAUCGUCUAUGUAUUUUGCAGUAAUCGGACUGCGACACUUCGGAAUGGACACCCUGUCGUAUGUAUAACUGUCCAAAAAAAUAGCAACAGUUCAGUGAAUUUCGUCGUUUUUUAUUUUAAGGUCUUAAUACUUAACUACUAUUCACAUAUGAACUAGGUCAAACCUGUUGUUAACUCCCGGACUACAAAGUCUGUCUAUAGCAAUGAAAAUAGCUUAUCUAAAUAACGUCGGACCUGCCAGCUACCAGAGCCACCGCGGCACGACUUCUUUUCUCUUGGCUUGCAUAUUCUGUACUAAUUGGGAACGAGGUGCGGAGCUGACCAAUUGGUUCGUGAAGCAGCAGAACGAGUACGACGUGCCGCAAACAUUGUUUGAGUUCGUCGCGAGCAGCUACGAGUUGGCGGAAGCGGAAGAACGUAAAAAGAUCGCGAAGACCUUGAUCUGCGAGGAGUGCGGGAAGAGCUUCUCGCGGCUCGACAGCCUUCGCAGACACGAGAAGAACUAUUGCAGAGUGAAGGGGGACAGAAUUUAUUGCCGAUUCUGCGGGAAGAAGUUCGUCAAAAUGCUCUCGUUGAUCUCGCACGUGAAAUCGAUGCACUCGAACCUGUUUCACAAAUCGCAGACUCCAUUGGAAAUGGAACGUUUUUAAUUAAUUUUACGGUAAUUGUAACAAAAUCGUACGGAUGCCGUCAUAAUUUUGAUCCGAAAGAAUAUGUAUUUGUUCCCCAUGCUACAGGCGUAUACAAAUAAGACGUUAGCGCUAAUGUUAUUACUAUGAUAUGCAUAAGUUACUAUGAAUAUAUACCCCGAAUAAUAUUAAUCUUACCAUUGAUGUAAUGUUCUUUUGAACUGUUCAGAAACGAAUAAAAUCUUGUUGGAAUGAUA